AUGAACGCGGUUCAGUCACCUCAACAAAGCGAACCAUCAGUGGCUCUCGACUCGUCUAUUAGUGAAGGAAUGCUGGGACAGACCGCCUCGGUGAAUAGUCUAAACAAACACCAGCAGACGGCUUCCUACCGCAAAGGAGGUGUCGGACCGUGUCACUUCCGUUGCUUUGACCAGGUAGAGUCGACCACACACCUGGCCAGCCGGGCCGAGCCCCAGACUGCGCGACGCCGAGACACAGAACACAGGUGGCAGCGGAAGUCGUCAAUGGGCGACUGUGAAGAGCUUGGGCCCUUGUGUAUUGCUGGUAUAACGUAUCUACACGUCUCUCACAAACUGUGUAUCGAGUGUAUUGCUGAUAUAACGUAUCUACAAGUCUCUCACAAACUAUGUAUCGAGUGUAUUGCUGGUAUAACGUAUCUACAAGUCUCUCACAAACUGUGUAUCGAGUGUAUUGCUGGUAUAACGUAUCUACAAGUCUCUCACAAACUAUGUAUCGAGUGUAUUGCUGAUAUAACGUAUCUACAAGUCUCUCACAAACUGUGUAUCGAGUGUAUUGCUGGUAUAACGUAUCUACAAGUCCCUCACAAACUGUGUAUCGAGUGUAUUGCUGAUAUAACGUAUCUACAAGUCUCUCACAAACUGUGUAUCGAGUGUAUUGCUGGUAUAACGUAUCUACAAGUCCCUCACAAACUGUGUAUCGAGUGUAUUGCUGGUAUAACGUAUCUACAAGUCUCUCACAAACUGUGUAUCGAGUGUAUUGCUGGUAUAACGUAUCUACAAGUCUCUCACAAACUGUGUAUCGAGUGUAUUGCUGAUAUAACGUAUCUACAAGUCUCUCACAAACUGUGUAUCGAGUGUAUUGCUGGUAUAACGUAUCUACAAGUCCCUCACAAACUGUGUAUCGAGUGUAUUGCUGGUAUAACGUAUCUACAAGUCUCUCACAAACUGUGUAUCGAGUGUAUUGCUGGUAUAACGUAUCUACAAGUCUCUCACAAACUGUGUAUCGAGUGUAUUUCUGGUGUAACGUAUCUACAAGUCUCUCACAAACUGUGUAUCGAGUGUAUUGCUGGUAUAACGUAUCUACAAGUCUCUCACAAACCGUGUAUCGAGUGUAUUUCUGGUGUAACGUAUCUACAAGUCUCUCACAAACUGUGUAUCGAGUGUAUUGCUGGUAUAACGUAUCUACACUCUCACAAACUGUGUAUCGAGUGUAUUGCUGGUAUAUCGUAUCUACAAGUCUCUCACAAACUGUGUAUCAAGUGUAUUUCUGGUGUAACGGAUCUACAAGUCCCUCACAAACUGUGUAUCGAGUGUAUUGCUGGUAUAACGUAUCUACACUCUCACAAACUGUGUAUCGAGUGUAUUGCUGGUAUAUCGUAUCUACAAGUCUCUCACAAACUGUGUAUCAAGUGUAUUUCUGGUGUAACGGAUCUACAAGUCCCUCACAAACUGUGUAUCGAGUGUAUUGCUGGUAUAACGUAUCUACAAGUCUCUCACAAACUGUGUAUCGAGUGUAUUUCUGGUGUAACGUAUCUACAAGUCUCUCACAAACUGUGUAUCGAGUGUAUUGCUGGUAUAACGUAUCUACAAGCCUCUCACAAACUGUGUAUCGAGUGUAUUGCUGGUAUAACGUAUCUACACUCUCACAAACUGUGUAUCGAGUGUAUUGCUGGUAUAUCGUAUCUACAAGUCUCUCACAAACUGUGUAUCAAGUGUAUUGCUGGUAUAACGUAUCUACAAGUCUCUCACAAACUGCGUUUCGAGUGUAUAACGGAUCUACAAGUCCCUCACAAACUGUGUAUCGAGUGUAUUGCUGGUAUAACGUAUCUACAAGUCUCUUACAAACUGUGUAUCGAGUGUAUUGCUGGUAUAACGUAUCUACAAGUCCCUCACAAACUGCGUAUCGAGUGUAUUUCUGUCUCUCACAAACUGUGUAUCGAGUGUAUUGCUGGUAUAACGUAUCUACAAGUCUCUUACAAACUGUGUAUCGAGUGUAUUGCUGGUAUAACGUAUCUACAAGUCCCUCACAAACUGCGUAUCGAGUGUAUUGCUGUCCCUCACAAACUGUGUAUCGAGUGUAUUGCUGGUAUAACGUAUCUACAAGUCCCUCACAAACUGUGUAUCGAGUGUAUUGCUGAUAUAACGUAUCUACAAGUCCCUCACAAACUGUGUAUCGAGUGUAUUGCUGAUAUAACAUCGUAUUUACAAGUCUCUCACAAACUGUGUAUCGAGUGUAUUGCUGUAUCUCACAAACUGUGUAUCGAGUGUAUUGCUGGUAUAACGUAUCUACAAAUCUCUCACAAACUGUGUGUCGAGUGUAUUGCUGGUAUAACGUAUCUACAAGUAUCUCACAAACUGUGUAUCGAGUGUAUAGCUGGUAUAACGUAUCUACAAGUAUCUCACAAACUGUGUAUCGAGUGUAUAGCUGGUAUAACGUAUCUACAAGUAUCUCACAAACUGCGCAUCGAGUGUAUUGCUGUAUCUCACAAACUGUGUAUCGGGUGUAUUGCUGGUAUAACGUAUCUACAAGUCUCUCCCAAACUGUAUAUCGAGUGUAUUGCUGGUAUAACGUAUCAACAAGUCUCUCGCAAAUUGUGUAUCGAGUGUAUUGCUGGUAUAACGUAUCUACAAGUCCCUCACAAAUUGUGUAUCGAGUGUAUUGCUGGUAUAACGUAUCUACAAGUCCCUCACAAACUGUGUAUCGAGUGUAUUGCUGAUAUAACGUAUCUACAAGUCUCUCACAAACUGUGUAUCGAGUGUAUUGCUGGUAUAACGUAUCUACAAGUCCCUCACAAACUGUGUAUCGAGUGUAUUGCUGGUAUAACGUAUCUACAAGUCUCUCACAAACUGUGUAUCGAGUGUAUUGCUGGUAUAACGUAUCUACAAGUCUCUCACAAACUGUGUAUCGAGUGUAUUGCUGAUAUAACGUAUCUACAAGUCUCUCACAAACUGUGUAUCGAGUGUAUUGCUGGUAUAACGUAUCUACAAGUCCCUCACAAACUGUGUAUCGAGUGUAUUGCUGUCUCUCACAAACUGUGUAUCGAGUGUAUUUCUGGUGUAACGUAUCUACAAGUCUCUCACAAACUGUGUAUCGAGUGUAUUGCUGGUAUAACGUAUCUACAAGUCUCUCACAAACUGUGUAUCGAGUGUAUUUCUGGUGUAACGUAUCUACAAGUCUCUCACAAACUGUGUAUCGAGUGUAUUGCUGGUAUAACGUAUCUACACUCUCACAAACUGUGUAUCGAGUGUAUUGCUGGUAUAUCGUAUCUACAAGUCUCUCACAAACUGUGUAUCAAGUGUAUUUCUGGUGUAACGGAUCUACAAGUCCCUCACAAACUGUGUAUCGAGUGUAUUGCUGGUAUAACGUAUCUACAAGUCUCUCACAAACUGUGUAUCGAGUGUAUUUCUGGUGUAACGUAUCUACAAGUCUCUCACAAACUGUGUAUCGAGUGUAUUGCUGGUAUAACGUAUCUACAAGCCUCUCACAAACUGUGUAUCGAGUGUAUUGCUGGUAUAACGUAUCUACACUCUCACAAACUGUGUAUCGAGUGUAUUGCUGGUAUAUCGUAUCUACAAGUCUCUCACAAACUGUGUAUCAAGUGUAUUGCUGGUAUAACGUAUCUACAAGUCUCUCACAAACUGCGUUUCGAGUGUAUAACGGAUCUACAAGUCCCUCACAAACUGUGUACCGUAUCGAGUGUAUUGCUGUGUAUUGCUGGUAUAACGUAUCUACAAGUCUCUUACAAACUGUGUAUCGAGUGUAUUGCUGGUAUAACGUAUCUACAAGUCCCUCACAAACUGCGUAUCGAGUGUAUUGCUGUGUAUUGCUUGUAUGGUAUAACGGAUCUACAAGUCCCUCACAAACUGUGUAUCGAGUGUAUUGCUGGUAUAACGUAUCUACAAGUCCCUCACAAACUGUGUAUCGAGUGUAUUGCUGAUAUAACGUAUCUACAAGUCCCUCACAAACUGUGUAUCGAGUGUAUUGCUGAUAUAACAUCGUAUUUACAAGUCUCUCACAAACUGUGUAUCGAGUGUAUUGCUGUAUCUCACAAACUGUGUAUCGAGUGUAUUGCUGGUAUAACGUAUCUACAAAUCUCUCACAAACUGUGUGUCGAGUGUAUUGCUGGUAUAACGUAUCUACAAGUAUCUCACAAACUGUGUAUCGAGUGUAUAGCUGGUAUAACGUAUCUACAAGUAUCUCACAAACUGUGUAUCGAGUGUAUAGCUGGUAUAACGUAUCUACAAGUAUCUCACAAACUGUGCAUCGAGUGUAUAGCUGUCUCUCACAAACUGUGUAUCGGGUGUAUUGCUGGUAUAACGUAUCUACAAGUCUCUCCCAAACUGUAUAUCGAGUGUAUUGCUGGUAUAACGUAUCAACAAGUCUCUCGCAAAUUGUGUAUCGAGUGUAUUGCUGGUAUAACGCAUCUACAAGUCCCUCACAAAUUUUGUAUCGAGUGUAUUGCUGGUAUAACGUAUCUACAAGUCCCUCGCAAAUUGUGUAUCAAGUGUAUUGCUGGUAUAACGUAUCUACAAGUCCUUCACAAAUUGUGUAUCGAGUGUAUUGCUGGUAUAACGUAUCUACAAGUCUCUCACAAACUGUGUAUUGAGUGUAUUGCUGGUAUAACAUAUCUACAAGUCCCUCGCAAAUUGUGUAUCGAGUGUAUUGCUGGUAUAACGUAUCUACAAGUCCCUCACAAAUUGUGUAUCGAGUGUAUUGCUGGUAUAACGUAUCUACAAGUCCCUAACAAAUUGUGUAUCGAGUGUAUUGCUGAAUUAGAGUAUUACUGUGGACAACAACAACAGCCUUGCACGUCCGAGGAAAGUAAGUUUUCAACUUCGUUUAUUCAGGACCUUUCAGUUUACAAAUUACAAGUCAAUGUCCCAGAAAUAGAGCAUUACUGUGGACAACAACAAGAGGCCUUGCACAAGAAGAAACUAAAGGCAGCAGCCAACGAAGAUUCUCUUGCAGCUUGCGAUGGCGAAGGCACAUAA